CUCUAUAAAAACUUCCGGGUCACUCAGAACACAUCGUGCUGAUUCACAAAAAAGAAGAUAAAAUAAACUUGCUGCGUUUGUACGUGUAGACAUGUUAUUAUUAUUAAAAAGCUAGAUCAGGUUGACGGUGUCUUACUAUAGAACGACAUGGUACCAGCAGACUUAAAGGCUCUGAUCCAGAGGUUUUACCAGCUUCAGUCAGAGCGGGUAGAAACUUAUCGACUCUUUGAAGAAGGACACGAAGCCUACUUGAGGACUGGGCCCCAAUAUGACUUUGAGCACUAUAAGCAGUUGGUGCAUGAGAUAACGCAAGCCUUCAGCGGCAUUUCUAAGGAAGUUCUGGAGAUCAAGGGGAGGCUUCAUGGAGAGUUUGACCGAGCCGACCUUUCUGAGCACAUCAACAAACUACAGAGCAAAGAGAAGCAGAAGCUGGAACUGACGGCCAAGCUGCAGCUGGCCAAGCAGCAGGCCCAGGAUCACCCAGAAGAUGAAGGCUAUCGAGAAAGAGUUCAGGAGAUCAGGCACGAGUAAGGAACAUCAUCCCUGCUGCAUCAUUGAAUUAUAAAGAACAAAGAGGUUCUGAGUGAGAUCAUGCAGGACUUUAAAUACGAUUCAGAAGAUUGUGAUUGACAGCUGACAGCCUGCACUAUCAGCCGUCUCACAUGACAAGGCCACGGAUCUGCCUUCACCCCUGCGCUGCUUCCAUCUCCAAGCUCUCGUCAGCUCUUAUUGAUCGGCCUGGGGCCCCACCCCGCUCACUGCUGCAGUCUGAUUCCACCCAGGGGGCCUCUGCCUUUCCCUGUGUUAAUAUGUGAAUUGGUUUGUUGGUUUUGCUGCAUUAAGCUAAGAAGAAUUUUUAUAAUCUGAUGAAAUGUUUGUAGAAACACCAAAUGAAAUAAUUACAGAAGCUUGUCCAACGACUUAAUUCAUCUUUUUUUUGUUAUUUUUAAUAAAAAAGACUACAAAAGCAAUGUUUAAACUUUUUGUGGCUGCAAUAUUACGGUAAAAAAGCUUAGCGUUUACUUAAAUAGGCAGUUACAAAGUAUGAGUGCUCACAAUGUUUGAAACAGGGAUUCUGGUUCCUACAGGGAGGCUAAAUUACCGAUGCUUAAUGAAUAUGUGGAUGUAUGUUCUGAGGAGUUUCGAUUAAUGUUGAUAAUUUUUGUUCAUCCUAUU